AACAAUCUCUCUCUCUCUACCUCUCCCUCUCCCUCUCUAAAAUGGCAGCUGUACUCAUCACGACGGCGGUCUCCGCCGACGCCGGCGAUUCUCAGUUCGCAGCUGAGCCCGACGUCGACAUCGUAACCUCUGGCCGCCGUCGAAUUCCCGCGCACUCCGGUAUCCUGGCUUCGGCAUCGCCGGUGCUGAAGAACAUCAUCGAGAGGCGGACCAAACGCCACGGCGGCGGCGGCGGCGGCGGCAAAAGAGUCAUUAAGAUUCUCGGCGUUCCAUGUGACGCCGUCUCCGCCUUCGUCGGAUUCCUCUACUCUUCCAGUCUGACGGAGGAGGAGAUGGGGAAGUACGGGAUCCACCUGCUCGCGCUGUCGCACGUCUACAUGGUGGCUCCGCUGAAGCAGCGGUGCACGAAGGGCGUCGGUCAGCGCAUGACGGCAGAGAAUGUCGUCGACGUUCUCCAGCUCGCCAGGCUCUGCGACGCGCCUGAUCUCUGCCUCAGAUGUAUGCGCCUCAUCUACACGCAGUUCAAGGCCGUGGAGCAGACGGAAGGCUGGAAGUUCCUCCAGGAGCAUGAUCCUUUCCUCGAGCUCGACAUCCUCCAAUUCAUCGAUGAGGCUGAAUCAAGGAAGAAAAGGAGGAGGCGGCACAGGCGGGAGCAGAGCCUGUACAUGCAACUGAGCGAGGCGAUGGAUUGCUUAGAGCACAUAUGCACGGAAGGUUGCACACUGGUCGGACCCACUCAUGUGGAGCCCGGGACCAAGUCACCGCCAUGCAGGGCGUUCUCGACAUGUUAUGGCCUUCAGCUACUGAUACGGCACUUCGCCGUCUGCAAGAGGCGGGUUAGCGGCCACAGCUGUCUCCGUUGCAAGCGGAUGCUGCAGCUCCUUAGGCUCCAUUCUUCCAUCUGCGACCAACCCGAAUGUUGUCGGGUUCCUCUCUGCAGGCAAUUCAGAAAAAGAGAACAAGACAAGAAGAUGGAGGAGGACACGAAGUGGAAGCUUCUGGUGAGAAGAGUUGCGUCUGCAAAAGUAAUGUCUUCUCUGUCCCAACCAAAGAAGGUGAAAGGAGCAGUCGACGACGAAGCAGAAGGAUUGAUCAGGAUCCUCAAGACGUUCUAGAUACACUCCGUUAUAUAUACAUAUAUAUAUAUAUAUAUCUGCAGUGGAAUGAAGUUAGAAGAUGUGGUUUUUCAUUUUUGUAUAAAUGGGUGUUGCUAUCAUGAAGUACCCCUUCGGUUUGGGUUAAAAGGGUUGAAUUUGUAGAGGAGUGACCCUUCAAAUGCCAGAGCUUAUGUAUGGAACAUAUAUGCCUUAUAUAUGUACACAUUGAAAAAAGUCCAACAACAAAAAUAAACGAAUAUCUGAAAUA